CUGUAACACUGGUCCGUGGAGAGGUAUGUGGAUUAAGUUGGGUUGUGACCCGAGAACAAACGCCCUAAACAGAACCUACCAACUUAUAGACUUCAGAGCACCGAGAAUAGUUCAGGCUAAAUCUGCUGUCAAGCGGUACAGUUACAACAAGACGAACAGGUCAAGGAUUGGUAAACCUGAGACGAGUGAGAUAGAAUCGAGCGAGGAUGCUUUAACAAGUCAUAUCUACAAAGCUGACAAGCUUCCUUUUAAACGACAGUCGCAUUACCAGGUUUGUGAUAUACAGGACACAAGAUGUCAAGCAGUCCUCAAAAACUUUGAAACUGACGUGUAUUCUCAUGAGCAUGGGUUCUACACUAAGGGAGCUCUGAAUGAGGUCAGGAAGGUUAUGACUGAGCAGUUUAAGAACGUUUUGGAGAAGAAAAAAGAGUCAGAAAGAGUCGGAGACGAUGAUGCGAAUGUUGUUAUGUGAUUUGGCCAUUAAAUGUUGCAAUUUAGAGUAAACCGUGGACUGUGGAGACUGGAGUUACGUCACAUGAACUGGUCCUGCCUCGGGCACGUUUUAGAGCCGAAAAUUGUUGGUUUGCGUAACGCGCGGCGUUAAAAUGUCACGAAAAUCUUGAGGUCUUUCUCAUCUUCACGCGAUGAUUUGUUCGUAUAAUUGUAGAAUAGAAUAUAUACCGGGUUGUUAAAUUUUCAUUUUCGGUCUCUUUUACGGCUUUGCAGACUUCAUCUUUUUAAUUAUUUAAAUGUGAAUAAUUAUGUUUUA